AUGACUUCCAAUCAAACGGCAGAAAUGCCCAUGCCGGGCGGUGAAACGCAAUUGCGGCUCCUGAGAGUGAUGGACAACAACAACCCGAUCUACCAGAUCUGCCAAGAGCUUCCACUUCUCGCCAAAGAGCUGAGAAAAGAGAAGGAUGCAGCCAUCUCCACGUCAAGAAUGUGCGAAGACCUUGAAAAGGACAAUCUACAUGGCUGGCCCAUGGUGGUAUUGCUGCUGAGCAUGUCUCAAAGCGCGAUCAAGUCCAUCAUAGGUGGAACCGUGGCAUUCGACGCCAACAAGUCUGACUGCUGGUACGACCAGCCAUCUAGCGGCAUCAAAGGAGCCGGUAUAUAUGUCAUUGGUCUGGCUCGCAAGAAUUCCGGCGGCAAGUUUUUGAACGGAGCAGAGCUCCGUGAUUUGAUCAAUGGGCUAGAGCAGUACAUCCGUGGUGCCAAAGUCAUCAAUUCCUCCAGUAAUGUUGGACUCAGUGCUCAACAGCUCGAAGACAAGAAAUGGACCAUGAAGGUGGAUGGUAUUUACCGUCAGGCAGGCGAUCCAACUGACGGCUCAGUGGCUCAAUUCAUCAAGAAGAAUGGUGAAAAGUCCAUCCAAGAGCUUGUCACCAGUUUCAAGAGACGAGUCACCAAUCUCGACACCACAAAUACCGUGCGUCAGAUCCAGAGCCCACUAUAUGUAGGAUGCUCAAUUGAUCUGAACACACGAGUAAACAAUUAUUACCGCAAUCUCAGGGAUACGAACAAGCCCCUAUGCCUCACCGUCAGUGUUCUUGAGGCGCUGAACUUGAAGAUGGAUAUCAUCAUCAAGAUCGCCCUUCGCACAUGGAAGGACGAACAGCUGCCACUUGCUGAACGACUCGUGACAACUCUGGCAAGAUCUCUAGUUCAUCAGACCGGUUUCAAUGCCACCCAAGCUGGGGCGAACUCAACCAGCCCGACAAGGUCUGUGUUAAGCCUUGGUUGGAGGGCAGUCAACAUAAAGGGAUUUCUCACCUCUAACUCCAAUGAAAUGGAAGUUGAGAUGGACAAGAGAGAAUUAUUUUUGGACAAACUCCAAGAACUAAACCAGAAGCUUGAGCUUGCCUAA